CGCGGAGCUCGAACCAUUCUUCGAUUUCCUCGGCCCUCGGUACUCGCACCAUGGCUCUGACCCGGUCCAGCGUCGUCGCCUCGCGCCAGCUCGUGAAGGCCUGCCCCUUCAUGCACGCCUCCAGCGUCACCAAGCAGGCGCUCGUGCCCAACAUCGCCAAGCUCGCCAAGAUGUGCCCCCACAUGUCGACCACGAUGCAGAACCAUGCGCAGGAGGCCGAGGCCAUCACGACCAAGUUCCAGGAAGUCUCGUUCGCCAAGCCGUUCGCCAAGCCGACGCCGGUCGCGCCCAAGAAGGUGCAGCCCUACCGCCGCCCGGCCGGCAAGUACGAGCGCCUCGGCGGCCUCAGCCACGACGAGUACGAGCGCGGGUUCCAGAAGACCAUUUCGCGCAUCAAGAGCGAAGGCCGGUACCGCCAGUUCGCCGACCUCGAGCGCAAGCGCGGUGAAUUCCCCAAGGCCACGUACCACGAGUCACCGACCAAGACGAAGGAGGUCAUUGCGUGGUGCGCGAACGACUACCUCUGCAUGGGCCAGCACCCCAAGGUGGUCGGCGCGAUGCAAGAGUUCCUCUUCAAGUCUGGCGGUGGCGCCGGCGGCACCCGCAACAUCUCGGGCACGAACCACAACCAUGUGCUGCUGGAGAAGGAACUCGCCGAUUUGCACAAGACGGAAGGCGCGCUCCUCUUUACCUCGUGCUACGUCUGCAACGACUCGACGAUCGCGACGCUGGGCAAGAUCUUCCCGGGGCUUAUCAUGUUUUCCGACGAGUUCAACCACGCGUCCAUGAUCGAAGGCAUCAUCCACUCCAAGUGCGAGAAGCACAUCUACAAGCACAACAGUUUGGAGGAUCUCGAGGCGAAGCUCAAGGCCGCCGACCCGAACGCGCCCAAGCUCAUCCUCUUCGAGAGCGUCAACUCGAUGGAAGGCACGAUCGCGCCUAUGAACGAAAUCUGCGACCUCGCCGACAAGUACGGCGCCAUGACGUUCUGCGACGAAGUGCAUGCGGUCGGUCUCUACGGCAACCGCGGCGCCGGCGUUGCCGAGCGCGACCACUGCAUGGACCGCAUCACGAUGAUCACGGGGACGCUCGCCAAGGGCUACGGCAUCAUGGGUGGCUACAUUGCCGGUUCGGCCGCGCUCGUCGACGCCUUCCGGUCGACGGCUCCCGGCUUCAUCUUCACCACGUCGAUUCCGCCGAUGCUGGCGGCCGGCGCGAUUGCGUCGAUCUCGCACUUGAAGGAGUCGCAGGAGGAGCGCAUUGCGAUGCACGCCAACUCGGCCAAGCUCAAGGUGCGCCUCGUCGACCUCGGCUUUCCGCUUUUGCCGAGCGUGAGUCACAUCAUUCCUCUCAUGGUCGGCGACGCGGUCAAGGUCAAGCAAGCGAGCCAGCUCCUGAUGGAGAAGUACGACAUUUACAUCCAGCCCAUCAACUUUCCGACCGUGCCGCGCGGCGAGGAGCGUCUUCGCAUCACGCCGUCGCCCACGCACACGCCCGAGAUGAUGGACCAUCUGGUCGACUCGCUCCUCAAGGUCUGGGACGAAGUGGGCCUCGAGCGCUUUGCCCAGCCGCAGGAGCACCUUGCCGAAGUCCAGUUCUUCAACUAUGAGGAACCCGAGCUCCACCAGGCGGCGUAAAGAUAGCUCUGUGCACUCUGCAACCAAAAUGAAACAUUAGCAGCGAGCACUUGAGUGUGCCCGCCGCUGUCUCCACCC